AUGUGGCCGGAGAAGAAGUUUUCAGUCGUCUAUUCUUCUUCAUCAGACGACGAUGAUGAGCGGAUAUUUCCUCCUUUGAGGAGUUCGAGGGAGGUGACGUGUUUGAGGAAGAUAUUGUAUAUGAACAUGAUGAACUUUUUGUUCUGCUUCCUAAGGAACAAGGAAAGUGAAGUGGAUUCUCUUUGGUCAAAAGGGGAAUCAGAUUGGAGUGGUAAGUGGGCAGAGGGGCGUUUUGUUGGUAUUCUCAUUGUGUGGAGGAAGGGAUUGUUUGUCCUAAUUUCUAGUUUUGUGGAAGAAGGUUUCUUGGGAAUUCGUGUCUUUUGGAAAGGUUUAUCCAUUUACCUUGUUAAUGUUUAUUUUUCAUGCUUGAUUGAUAACAAAAGGUUAUUUUGGGAGAAGUUGAAAUCUUUUAAGGUUUUUUUCUCGAAGGGAUUAUGGUGUGUGGGAAGGGACUUUGAUGUGGUGAGGAGUUUUGAUGAGAGAAUUGGUGUGUCUGAUCAGUUUAAUCAAAGAGAGUUAGAUGAAUUCAAUGAUUUUGUCUAUCACUUGGAUUUGGUUGAUGUUCCGCUUAUGGGUAACAAAUUCACUUGGUUCAAUUUGGAAGGUGGUGCUUGUAGUAGGUUGGAUCGGUUUUUGAUUUCAUGGGAAUUGUGCGAUCUUUGGAAAAUUAAAGAGAUUAUGGUAGGGGAGUGGUCUUUAUUAGAUCAUUAUCCACUUUUGCUAGUGGGUAAUCAUGUUGAUUGGGGGCCUAAUCCUUUUAAGUUGUUUAAGUGUUCAUUUGAUCAUGAAGAAUUCUUACCGUUUGUAGAAAAUGUGUGGAAUUAUAUGGUGAUUCGUGGUAAAGCAGGGUUCAUUCUUAAAGAAAAGCUUUGUAUCCUUAAAUCCAAGCUUAAGUUAUGGAAUAAAGAGGUUUUCGGGGUGUUAGAUCUUAAUGUUGAUAAAGCGGCGAGUACUCAAUGA